AAUUCCCGUACUAAUCUCCUGUAUUCCCGCUAUUGAUGUGUAGCACAUAAUAGCUUGUGUAUGAUAAAACCAUACUGCCAUUAGGCGAAGUUUUACCCAUAGCUGAGCAGUGACCCAGUUAAACUCACGUGUGUUCCAAGUUUUCCAAGUGAUCGGGAAGACUCGGGAUGGAGUAGGGGGUACUGUGAACGGAGGAUGGAUUCCGUAAGUAUAGAGGAUGGACCGGCCCCUAUGAUGAUGAACAAUAAACUCCGAUCGCCGCAGCAAAAUAAUGACUCUAAUAACAGCACAAUGGACUCCUUCCAAGAUGGAGGACAGCAAAAUAUGACUGAUAAUACGAAUGACUUUCCUUCUAAUUUAGAGGCCCCACAUAUGAAUGCAGACUCAAAUAGUUUCCCACAGAGUGGCGGAGACGCCGGGGGAGGGCCUCAGUAUUUCAACAUGAAGCCCGAUGGGUUAAAUCCGGGACAAAUGCACGGGUACAACAACUCGUACAACAACAGGGGUCAUAUGGAACAACAUGGCGGAAACGGAGAAUUCUCGCCUCAGACUAACCAAUACGGACAGUAUGGACAGCAGAUGAGAUCUGGUUACCCUCCAGGCAUGAGAGGCCCUGUCCCUGUCCAGGGGCGUCCCAUGAGCAAUAUGAACCAAGGCCCCCCUCAGUACGGUGCUGGCCCUCAGAGAUUCCCAAGCAUGAGUGGACAAAGCAUAUCUCAACAGGCAGGGCCAACCCCAACUCUAAAUCAACUUCUACAGUCUAAUAGUCCUGCCAACCAGCAGCAGACCCCACAACAGCGCUACCAGAACAAUUUCAAUGGGGGGAUGGGAGAAAUGGUGCCAGGCAGUGGGAGUCCUUCUUAUGGCCAACCCCAAAACUGGCCCACAGGGAACAGGGGGAUGAACUCUUUUGGGCCACAGGGACCCAUGCCAUCACAAGGAUUCCGUAAUCAGGGUGGUGGUCAAAUGUUUGAUCCAAGUCAGCGUCGUUCUAUGAACAUGCCACCGGGCUACCCAGGUAACCAAUAUGGCGACUCCCAACUUUCACCUAACUCUCAGCGCUUCCCAGUGCAGUCACAAGGCCAUGGUCGCAUGGGGCAGAUGGGCAUGGGCAACCAGGCAUACGGCCAGAUGCCUUCUCAGUAUAAUUUGGCAAAUCAGAUGGGCUAUGGCCAACAUCCGACUCAGCAAUACAUACAACCGCCGCAGUCCCAGCAGCAGCAACAUCAUCAGUCUUAUAUGCAACAAAUGCCAAAUCAAUCUGUGAACUCUCAGGCAUAUGUUGCCACCAGGACACCAAACAAUGGUAAAAUGGUCCUUCAACAAGAUGGAGAUCUACCGGAUCUCUCUGGCAGUUUAGACGACCUUAAUUGUGAUAGCAACAGUAACAGCAGUACUGGACCACCUCCAAAUGCACCCACACCAACAUCAUCUGGCGCAGCAGGAAUAUCCCCCAGUCUCCGACCAGUCCAGUCACCGGUUGGCUCCAGUGGAUCCCGCUCCAAUACGCCAGCCUCUCUACCAGGAAAUCAGGCUGGCAGUCCAAUGCCCCCUAGACCCCCCUCUAACCAAUUAGACAGUCAGGUGCGCAUGAGCCAGUCACCCAUGCAGACUCAAGGUCUGAACCAGCAGAUGAUGCCCCCACCCAUGGGGCCUAGUCAGAUGAAUUAUGUGGGCAAUAAGAUGCACAGUGGGGGAACAAUGAUGGGCAGUCAACAGAUGGGACCCUACAGUCAGCAAGGACAGCAGUUUCAGCAAGGAAACUUUCCAAGGAGUCAGAACAUGCAGGGCAACUAUGGCAGCCCCCAGAAUAACUACCCAAACCAGAUGGGUUCAGCUCCUAUGUAUGGUGGCAAUAUGGCAGUGAACAGGGGCAUGCAGAACUCUGGUUUUGGCAAUAACUUUCCACAAGGUAGUGGCAACAUGAACAUGAUGAACAAUCAAUAUGGAGGUUAUAACAAUAUGGGUCCAAGUCACAAUAUGCCAAAUAGUAUGUCAAAUAGUGUGGGUAGCAUGAACUCCAUGCCAGUGAAUUCUGGAAACUCUAUGGGAAUGCAAGGUCCACCUGCUCAAGGUGCACACAAAAUAGCACGCGAAAUCCUUCUACAAGCGGCCAAUUCGGCAGUUCGUCCUGGUGCUCCUGGUUAUAUGCGCCCACCCCAAGGGUUGCCCCCUCAACAACAGCAGCAAGGCCCCCGUAUGGCAGGCCCCCAUGGCAUGAACCAGUACAAUUCCAUGAAUCAGAUGCCUGGAAAUUCUAUGAACCAGAUGCCGUACAAUAACACUGACAUGGGAGGUGAAAUGCCACCAAGUCUAGGGUCUGGGCAGAGUAUGUCUAGUACCAUGCCACCUAGUUCAAGUAGCAUACCCUCUGGGGCAGGGACUAAUAAUAUGACUAGUAGCAGUAAUAUAGCCAGCAGCAUGUCCAGUAGUAGUGUAUCUAGUGGAACAGGGCCUUCUAACAAUAUACAGAAUACAAGUAUGCUCAGUGCAAGUGUACAUGCAUCUACAAGUAUGGCAAUGGCUACAAGCAGUGCAAUUUCAAGUCUGUCAAACACUGGUGUGAAUAAUAGUACAGAUGGAGGUGACAGCAAAGCUCCAGUGAACAACUUUUCAUCAGGCACAAGUACUUCUGUGACCCAGAGCAUAUCCCAGAGUAUAUCGGCUCCAGGGCCUGGGCCAAUGGCUAAUGAUACCAUGUCAGGCGACAACUCUCAGGACACAGUUACCUCACAGACGACAGAAACAGAGGAAAAACCCAAGCCAAAGAAUGAAAGUGUGUCUCACCCACCAACCCCAGCCAGUAUAGUGGCGCCAUCUCCUGGAGCUGGCAGCAUGUCAUCAUUCCAUGAUGAUCUAGAGAACAUCAGUAGUCCAAGCUGGCCGGGAACGCCGGUAACUCUUAAAAAUGGUAAAGACAGUGUCCUAGUUGCUUUGUAUGAUUUGGGAGAAGAGCCAGAAAGAAAGACAUUCCUUGACAAGCUUAAUGCCUUUGUAGAGGAGAGGGGCACUCCAUUCACUACAGCUCCCACCAUGAACAAGCAACCUCUAGAUCUCUUCAAGCUCUAUAAUGCUGUCAAAGAAAGAGGAGGGGUGGCAGAUGUGACAAAAUCCAAGAAAUGGAAAGAAGUCUGUGGUGCUCUGGGCGUCAGUGCUAAUGCUGGCUACACUGUGCGGAAGCAUUACCUCAAGUUUCUGCUUACCUUUGAGUGCCGCUUUGACCGUGGUGGUAUUGAUCCACAGAGUGUAAUAACACAGAUAGAGAACUGUACACAGUCCAAGAAGAGGGACAGAAGUGCUGCAGCACAAGUUGGCAACAACAUGGUGAGGCCUCCCAGUGUCCAGAGCCAUAACAGUAUGGACAACUUUUCUGGUAUGCCACAUGGAGGAAUGGGACAGAUGUCCGAGAUGAAUGGGCCUACAGGAUAUCAUGGACACAUGGGUAUGCCUAACGCCAUGGGGCCUCCUAACACCAUGGGAAUGCUGGGUCCAAACGGCAUGGGGCCCAACAUGCCACAGAACAACAUGGUGCCCAACAUGGGGCAUGGUGGCAUGAUGGGUGGAAAUCAAGGAGGUAUGAUGGGGAAUAAUGCAAUGAUGCCAAACCAUACAGACAGUGUCAAGUUGUCAGAUCCUUUCUCAGAUGAAGCCAUGGGGCCUAGUCAGUAUCCAAGAAGCUCCAUGGGUAUGAACACACAGGUUCCACCUUACUCUGGCUCCACCAUGAACAUGGCAAAUUCUAACACUCAAAUGACACCACAGUCAGGGAUGCAGACAAGUAUGGCAAGUUCAUUCAACUCCAGGCCUAGUAUGGGGGGCAGCGGCGGCGGACCAGGCUUCCCAAUGAAUCAGAACAGCAUGGUAGAUAAUUAUCCCAAUGAAGUCCCCAAUUUGCCGGCAGAAAACCAAAUGCAGUUCCAGGAAGGAUUCCCAGGGAAUCGUGGGAUGCAGCAGCAAGAAAGUUACCAUAGCAACCAACAAGGCAGCAUGAAUCAGUUUGGAAAUCAGUUUGAGAACAGGUUUGACCAGCAAAGACCUAUGGUGCCCAGUCAGUCCAUGCGUCCUCCACAACCUCCCAGCAUGCAACAGCAGCAGCCGCCCAAUCAAGAGCAGGGGCAGAUGUUCGGCAACCGGUUUGGUAGUCCUAUGCCUCGCCCCACAGGUCCUCAACAGGAACAGCAGCAACAUUUUAGUGGUAACCAGACAUUUCCCAAUCAGAGACCAUUCCCUAGUCAAGACCAGUUUGGUGGCUCUGGAGGCUAUAGUAACCAGGGGCAACAGCAGCAGCAGCAGUCAGUGGCGCCCUCAAGUGGAUUUCCAGCACAGCAAGGACCCAUGCAGACACCACAGAAAAGGUUCCCUGGAGACAUGGGGAGAGAUGGAUACAACAUGCCAUCAGGUUUUGGUCAGCAAACUCCGCAGCAAGCCUCACAACCUCCAGGUUACUAUGAGAGCCAAUUGAGAAAUGGUCCACGCCCAACACCAGAUAUGCAGUUUGAUAAUUUUGCAGGGGGAGUAGGAAACGGAAUGUACUCCUUUCCUCCCACACCUGAUCAUGGUCCUAUGACAAUGUCUAAUGAUUUCACAGAUCACCGCUCCCCGGGACGUGAGCAGUGGGGGAACAGAUAUGGCAGUGUGCACCCUAGGGGGUUUGGACCGGCUGGUAUGGCCCAGCACCUGCCUCCUAACCAGUCUCCAGCCAGCAUGCCAACACCGAUGCCAUAUGGGUCCCAGACCAUGCCAGCCAGGAUGUCUCCACAUAGGGAUGCCAGGCAGUAUUUCCAGUCUGGAAGGAUGCAUAAGCCUGGCAUGCAGUUUCCUAAAAAGGAGGUCACAUUCCCACCUGAAAGUGUGGAAGCUGUCACCCCAGUGUUUGCUAAACGCAGGAAAAUAACUGCAAAGGAUAUAACUCCUGUUGACCCCUGGAGGCUAGUGAUGUCCCUCAAGUCUGGGUUACUUGCAGAGAGCACCUGGGCUCUGGACACCUUGACCAUUCUCUUGUUUGAUGACAGCACAGUCACUUAUUUUGGUCUUAACAAGUUACCAGGGCUAGUGGACGUUCUCCUGGACCACUUCUUCAGGUGCUUGGUAGAAGUCUUUGGAGAUCAGUUUGAACAGUUGGGUUAUGGAAAAGGUGACAAGUGUAAAAUAUCUGCAUUAAAACAAGAUGGCAAUAAUAGUGACGAUGAGCAUAAGGAUGACUCUUUUGUUGAAGAAAGUGAUGAAGAAAAAGCUUACAAGGCUGUCAUUAUGGACAUAGAAGAGAGGAAAUGUGAAUCACUUACACAGCCUGAUAAUUACACUAUGCUUACUAGAAAUGGCUUAAAGGUGAAAGUCGAGGAAUCUUCACCAGAAAAUGGUGCUUUGGACAAGAAACUUUGGGACAGAUACACAAGAUUUCCAGAUACAGGAAGUUUUCUGAUGGGGUUUAGAGACAUUUCUACUCAUGUUCAGACACAUUUUGAGGAUGGGAAUGCAUAUAAUGUGUUGAAAGAGAAGUUUUUCACAAAGAAGCACAUAGAAGUGAUGGAGGAGGUCAAGAAAGAGAAGAAGGUUCAGACAAUACAGGAUGAGGAAAAAGAGAGCGAGGCACCUGGAGAGGAAGAUGCCAAAGUGAAACUUGAGCCAUCCAAACCUUCUCACCAAGAUGUGAUCACAAAAAAUGAACUUGAGACAUUAGAUGUCAAAACUGAAAACCAUGUCAAUUGUGAAAAAGAACGAGCAAAUUGUGAAAAGAGCAUGGUGAAGAAAAAUGACAUAUUGCCGCACAUCCCUAACAACAUAAAGAAGGAGUUACUGGACAUAGAAGACAUGGAGUCAAAAAGGAAUGAAGUCAAGUUAGAGAACAAAGAAUCCACCAUGGAUGAUAAAACACAUGAGCAAAAUGACAAAGAGGCCGAACUUUUAAGUGAAAGUGGUGAUAAACAGGACGAUGGUGAACAUUCAAAACCAAUGGCUGAAAAAUGCAAUGCUUCUGAGUCUACUGUUAGUUUCUGCCGCAAGCGCAAGUUAGAAGAUGGGGUAGAAGAGGAGCCCUAUGUUCGUGAUGAACCUCCCUUACACCUCAUCUCUGAUGCUCAAGAAGAGCUCACACGUAGGUGUACAUGCAUUUCCAACAUUUUCCGCAGCUUGGCUUGUAUUCCUGGCAAUGAUACUUACCUGUCAAAGCACACUGCUUUUCUCACCAUCAUGGGGAAGAUUCUAACACUGCAUGCAGAGAAUUCUGUGUCUCACCACCAGGAAGGCAAAGAUGAAUCCAAGGUUAACGUCACUCAGUCUGCAGAACAUGAGAGUUUGAGUGAAGAUAUUGUUGACGAGACCCAGGGCCGAGACAAGUGGUGGUGGCACUGUUUGGAAGCCUUGCGGGAGAAUACUUUGGUCACAUUUGCAAAUAUUGCUGGCCAUCUGAAUCUGUCCAAGUAUCCUGAAGAGUGCUGCAGACCAGUUAUGGAAGGUUUUCUCUACUGGGCUGUGAAUUCCUCCGCAUAUGCCAACGAUCCCAUGCCUACUAUGUCACCCAACUCCGUCCUAUCACCCAAACGUCUAGUGUUGGAAUCCUUGUGCAAGAUGUGCAUUCAUGAGUCAAAUGUUGAUCUCUUGUUGGCCACUCCUCCAUUCAGCCGCUUGAUAAAGCUUUUCACAGGACUAGUAAGAUUACUGUCAGAUACAUCAGAACAAGUCACAAGGGAGUUUGCGUUGGUGUUACUAUCUAGUCUUGUACGUGGGGAUGACAGUGCCGCUAGGGCCAUUGCACUUCAACACCCCAGUAUAUCACUUCUCAUAGACUUUGUUGAGAAGGCAGAACACAACGCUCUUCAAGUAGCAAACACUCAGGGUAUUAACAUGCUGCGGGACAACCCAGAAAUGAUGGGAACAAGUUUGGACAUGCUACGUCGCGCUGCAUACACAUUGCUUUACUUGAGCCGCGUGCCGGAAAACCGCUCUUUGUUCCUUCACCACCAAGAGAGGUUACUCACCUUGACCAUGUCACAGAUCUUAGACCAGCAUGUUGCCCAGAUCCUGGCAGAUGUGCUGUAUGAAUGCUCACACGUAUCAUGAUAGACAGAUGCAUGAACACUUGCAUCAGUAUAGUCUGGUGCAUAGAUUGCUCUACAGUAUGUACAGUCCAUAUAGCUCCUCUGAGGAAGAAAACAAAGCUUGGAGAGUUCUGUAGAUAUGUAAUGUACAGUUCACCAAGUGUCCAUUUAUUCAUUAUCAUCAGUACUAGAAAUUUGUUUUUUUGUUGUUUAAGUGUUAUUUAUAGUUGAAAAUCUUUGGUUGUAAAACAGCCCAUUUACUGGUACUUUGAUUUGCUCAGAUUGAAAUCAGUAAGUGGAAUUUUUUGUUCAGAAUGGGACAGAAUUGAGUUAGCAUUCAGAGCAGAGCAGACUGGUUUGUUGCACUUGCCAGAAUGUAGAAUUUGUAGUGAUUUAUGCACUAUUUAAUUUUUUGAAAGCGAUUGAACAAGCAAUGAUCAUGGCAGCAGCAGAAGUUCACUUGAAUAUUUUAUUUAUUACAUUCAAAAAGCCCUGUGUCUGUUCGGAUUUUUUUGUAGAAUAGAAAUUUUGCAACAGUUUAACAUAUAGUAAAUUGAAUAAACUUCACAAUUUUGGAUGAUUGUCCAGUGAUAAGAUGUUAGACAUAGUUGGUAUUUAGCAUUUGAGAUGAAAGUUGUGUGUAAGUGUAUGGGCAUUCAUUUCAUCAGUUAUUACAUGUUUCUUGUACUAUUCUAUCAUAUAAGACACUACUACCAGCAAAAUGUGCAAAUGCUUUAUAUUUCUUUGAAGAAUAUGAAAUGUAAAUAAACAUAUUGUAAUAAAGAAAACUUUGUUAAA